AUGGCGCGCCGACGCGGUGGUCGGGCGCAGGAACCGGCCGAGGCCGAGCCCGUCGUCGAGGAGCCGCAGCCCGUCCAGGAGACGCCCGCCGACGAGGACAUGGGCGACGCCGGUGACAACGACGAGCAAGAGCAGGAGCAACACAGCCUCGUGUUCAACGAGGAGCUCUCGUGGCGCCCGGCCAAACCCAUACCCAGUGCCACCCUGCUGGCCCGCCUCGAGCGCCUGUCCAGGGAGCUUGCCGACUUUGACCAAGGCGCCGUCGAGCUCGACUCCCUCAAGACCGUCGCCGCCCACCUCGCCCACCGCAAUCUCCUUCAGCACAAGGAUCGCGGCGUCAAGGCCUACACGGCCUGCUGCCUCGUCGAUCUCCUUCGCCUCUACGUCCCCGAGGCGCCCUUUACAGAGGAGCAGCUCAAGAUGAUGUUUACCUUGUUUGUCAAGGACAUCUUGCCUGCUCUCCACGACCCGUCAAAUCCCUACGACAGCCAGCACAAAUACGUUCUCACGUCAUUGACAGAAGUGAAGAGUAUCUUGCUCAUUUGCGAUAUCCACGGCGCCGAUGAUUUGCUUCUGCGACUCUUCAAUUCCGCUUUCGACGGCGUCUCGACCAGCUCCAAAGCCUCGCCCGACGAGCAGGUUGCCAAGGACGUCGAGAUUCACCUGACCGACAUGCUCAUGCACCUCAUUGAAGAAUCCCCCGGCAGCGUGCCGGCUAGUGUCAUUGAUGCCAUCAUCAGUCAGUUCCUCCGGGCUGCCCCCCCUGGCGGAAGCAAGUCCAAGGAGGCCAAUGGCAAGCAAGCAACGCUCCUGCAUAAGACGGAGCCUCCUGCGUACAUCAUGGCCAAGAACAUUUGCAAUGGCUGCGCCGACAAAAUGUCGCGUUAUGUUAGCCAAUACUUUAGCGACGUCAUUCUCAAUGCCUCCGGGUUUGCCACGAAGAACGGAUACGGACAUGGCGACGACGACGACGACGAGGAAGACGCCAAUGCAGGUCCCUCCGAGGCCGAUCUGAAGAGCCUGCGCCAAGCCCACGCCUUGAUCCGAGAGCUAUGGCGAGCCGCUCCUACGAUUCUGCAAAAUGUCGUCCCGCAGCUGGAUGCGGAGCUGUCCGCCGAUAACGUCCAUCUUCGCCACAUCGCCACUGAGGCGUUUGGAGACAUGAUUUCAGGCAUCGGUGCUGCCGGGCCCCCUCCGCCGCCUGCCCUCGAUCCUGCCGCCUGGCCUCCUGUGCGGUUAAUGGACGAGCCUGGCACUCCCGCCGAGGCCAACGUUCUCACAGCGCCAUUCUCGCCUCAGUCCUUUGCUCAAACGCACCACGCCACGUACCGCAACUUUGUCGGCAGAAAGAACGACAAGUCUGGUACCAUCCGUGCAGCCUGGGUCAUCGCCGUUGGAUACAUCCUCUCGACUUCCGCAGGUGGUAUCGGUCUAAGCAGAGAAGAUGAAACCGAACUGGUCCGUGGGCUGAUCGACAAGCUGAGUGACAACGAAGAGAAGGUUCGAUUGGCCGCCGUCAAGGCCAUCGAACUGUUCCAAUUCAGAGAUGUAAUUCUCAAGCUCGGAGCUACCGGUGGUGUUGAUAAGGAAGGUUCCCUCUUUGCGAGCCUGUCUGAUCGAUGCCGUGACCGAAAAGCCUCUGUUCGCGUGGACGCCAUGGUCUUGCUCGGCAAGCUGUGGGCUGUUGGCGCCACAGACAUCGAAGAGGGACAAGAGGCAGUGACUGCCUGUCUCGGUGGCGUGCCCUCCAGAAUUAUCAACUCGUUCUAUGCCAACGACUCGGACCUCAACGUCUUACUUGAUCGCGUCAUGUUCGAGUGUUUGGUUCCGCUCAAGUUCCCCUUGGUCAAGGGAAAGUCUGGCAAAGGCGGCUCCAGCAAGAGUGCCAUGAGCCAGGCAGAACAGGAUAGCAUUCGCGCCGAGAGAAUUCUGCUUAUGCUCAAGUCCCUAGAUACACCAGCGCAAAAGGCCUUCUUCGCUAUGCAGGCGCGCCAACCGCAGUUCGCAAAGGGCGUUGCCAUCCUGAUUCAGCAGUGCGAGGCUUAUAAUGGCGGUGUCAUUGAUUCCAAUGAUGAAAAGGUCAAGGCUACCCUGGCCAAGACGAUCGAUUGGAUUGGCCGCUUCUUCCCCGACGCCCUCAAGGUCCGCGCAGAUUUACAAAAGUUUGCCAAACUGAACGAGCGCCGGAGCUACCAACUUGUCAAGUAUGCCAUCGAAUCUGAAAGUGAUUUCAAGACGGUCCGGAGAGCCAUCAGCGAGCUCAUCACAAAACUUCAAGCUAGCAAUGCCGCUGUUGCGCUCGAUACCAUUAUCCCCCUCCUGUACCGAUCAAGCUCUCUCAUGUUCAACCGCAGUCAUCUAGCAACGAUUAUGGAUUGUUCCAAGAGCGACAAGGGGGGUCUUGCCGCUGUCGCCCACCUUGUUCUCAACGACAUUUCCCAGCGCAACCCUGAUUUGUUCAAGGCACACGCAGAGGAAUUGCGCAAAGAAAUCAUCGAGCAGGCUCCCUCCGACAGCAAGACGAAUGACCCCUCCGUGGUUGAUAUAUUGAAGGCAUACGCAUCCUAUGCCAAAAAGUACCCCAAUGAUGUCGCCCUGGACAGAAGCUUCAUUCAAACCCUGACCAACUAUGCCAUGUAUGGUACACCACCAAAGGCGGCCAAGUUUGCUAUCAAUAUUAUGCUCGCCAAGAAUGAUGACAAAAGUAAGGUGACGGCUACCAACCUUUUGCGCAAGACCAUGCAAAAUCUCGAGUACGGAAAGUCACACUUUUUGAACAAGCUCGCCACAAUCAGCCAGUUGGAGCGAUUAGCCCCCAGCGUCACGAUGGACGAGGGUGAUAAGAUCCAAGAUGUCACGAUAAAGUCGAUUCUUCGCCAAGUACACACUGAUGCUAGACCUGGGGCCGACAAGUCAUGGGUGGACGAUGCUGAUAUGGAUGAGGAGAUCCAGGCCAAACUUUUGGCUCUGCGCAUUCUCACCAACCAAGCCAUUUCCAACGAGGAUGAGGCCGACUCUGAAACGAGGGUCAAGACGGUGUUCAAAUUGCUCAAGACAUUCGUGGUCAGCGAAGGCGAAUUCUGCAAGGUCAAGGAUACUCCCCAACAUCACAAGAAGAGGCUGCGGCUUCUCGCUGGUCUUUUGAUGCUCAAGCUGUGCACAGUGAAGAAGUACGAUGAGCAACUCGACCCCGUCACCUUCAACAAGCUCGCAGAGCUGGUACAAGACAGCGAGGUGCAAGUCCGUCACCGGUUCAUGGAGAAGCUUCAGAGCUACCUGACUCACGGCAAGCUGCGGGCUCGCUUCCUCACUAUGCUUUUCCUCGUUGCGUUUGAGCCUGCGCCCGAACUCAAGAGUCGAGUUGAGACUUGGCUACGUUCCAGGGCUUUGUACUACUCCGAGAACAAGAAAGAGGUAAUGGAGUCCAUCUUUGGACGACUCAUCCCGCUACUGGCCCAUCACCCUGAUUACAGCGCUGGAGUGGACGACCUGGCAGACUUUGCCAACUACUUCCUCUUCUACCUGAAUGCGGUAGCCACUGAGUCGAACUUGGGUCUCAUCAGCAAGUACGCAGAGAGAACAAAGCAGACCCGUGACGCGAUCAACGCGGACGCGAGCGAAAACCUCUAUGUUCUCAGCGACUUGGCGCAAGCGAUCAUUCGCAAAUUCCAGGAGAAGAGAAACUGGAGCUUCCGUGUAUAUCCUGGCAAGGUUGGGCUGGCUACGGGACUCUUUGCGCCGCUGCCUUCUAGUGAAGUCGCAGAGGAAAUUGCAAAGAAGCAAUACAUUCCCGAGGCGCUAGAUGAGAAGCUGGACAACCUCCUCCGAUCUUUCGAGCGGAAAAAGAAGCGCAAGUCGAUGCAUGAGCCCGGUGAGCCAUCAGCCAAGCGCUCAAGAACGCAAAUCAAGACUGUUAUUCGCGAAAAGGCGGCUCCGAAGCAGCACAAGGCCAAGAAAGCUAAGAAGGUCAAGGCGGCACGUCCGAAGAAGCAGCCCAGUUCUCUCGCUGCAGAACCGAGCGAGCGUCGCCGCAGCAGCCGCGUCACCAAGACCUCCGACUACAAGGAACGCGAUGACAAGGACGACGAGGAGGAGAUGCUAGACGGCGUCGCCGAGUGGAAGUAUGGCGAUGACUCCUCGGACGAGGAGAGCGGCGAGGAAGAGGUCGAGUCCGGCGAGGAAGAGUCGGGUGACGCCGAAGAAGAGGAGGCAGCCGGCGAGGAGGAGGAGGAGGAAGAGGAGUCGCCAGUCACGAAGAAUGGACGGCGGUCGCAAGCGGUGAGGCCCGCGGUCAAAACAAUUGCUUCAGCCGCAACUCGAAGGGGAGGCCGAUCCAAGCGAGCCUCCCAGGGGAACGACAUGGACACGGACGAUUAA